AUGGAGAGCUUCCCUCAAUAUACAUAUCAACCUCUUCCAGCCAUUGCCUCAGUCGGAAAGACUCCUCCUUUUACCCGCCUUCUUCUCCUGAGCUCGGGUCAACCUAACGACCCACUCCAUGGAAGUCUGUUAACCUAUGCGUUGGAUCCGGAUUUCGCGCCUAUACCGCCUUACGAAGCUCUUUCUUACGUUUGGGGCACGGAGGCAGAACAAGUUUCCAUCCACGUCGAUGGACGACCAAUUGCCAUAAAGCCAAACUUGGACUCAGCUCUCCGUAGCCUCAGGCUGCCAACGCAAGCGAGAAGAGUUUGGGUGGAUGCACUCUGCAUAGAUCAGUCAAAUAUAGAAGAACGGUCAAGACAAGUAAGGUAUAUACGAUUUGUAUACAAAUAUGCUACGCGAGUCGUCGUAUGGCUCGGAUGCUGGACUCCCGGCGUGGAGAUGGCUUUUGAGCUUGCAGAGCGACUGGCAGUGGUGCGGGAGCGCUGCGGUGCAGACAAAGCUGCUUUGCAAAAAGCUGUUGUUGAACUGGCAGCAGGAGCUCCAGAGGCGUUCGAUCACCUCAACCAGUUGUUUGAUCGACCGUAUUUCCUCCGGAAUUGGUGCAUCCAGGAGGUUGUUGCAAGCAGGUGGGCUAUAGCGAGGUGUGAGGGACUGGAAAUGAAUUUCUUUGACCUCAUUGCCACAACCCCAUAUAUAUAUGUGAAGCGGGACCAGAUACUGCUCGGAAUGCCAUUUGAAUUCUGGAAUAUGAUAUUCAUGGUCCGGCAACCUUCAAGCGAACUUCGCCGUGGAGCCGUCGAAGGAUCAUUGGGUUCUCUGACAUUGCUGCUCGCAACAACGCGAGAUUUUAAGGUUACCGAUCCACGGGACAAGGUGUUUUCAAUAUUGGGGAUAUCCGAUGAAGGCUUAGAGCCAACUAUGGCUUUCACGCAAACAAUGUCGACCUCGGACCAGAACCCGGCACUUAUGCUGUACCGCAGAAUUGCAAUCGGCAUAGCAAAGCGUGUUAAUAACCUCGGCCCGGAUGUCGACAUCCUCAGACACAAGGUGUUGCGGCCUGAUUAUAAUAAGAAUUUGCUUGAGGUAUACAGAGAUCUUACCAGAUUUUUAAUCAGGAAGAGCCCUAGGGUUCUUACUGUGUUGUCGCAUGUGCAGCACACGGAUGACCCAGCUCAGAGCGACUUCCCAUCCUGGAUUCCGAAAUGGUUUCAACCCCGCCAGUGCAGUGUCUUCGACGCAGGUUGCUUUCUUGCUGGGUUUUGUGACGGCCAUUUUCGUUAUUUUGCAGAGGCUGAAGAUAUGCCGCUUUCAAAGGAGCCUCUAAGGCCGAACUCACUCCAGUUACGCGGCUUCCAUGUGGAUAGAGUUAAAUCUGUCAGCGAGGUAUUAGAAUACAGACUCACUGGCUCAUUUCCCUUUCAAGGCUUGUGGGAUCAAAUGUUCAGCUUCCCGAUAGACCAAGCCCAGAUGGCUGUGUACCAUGACAAAACCCCUCUGGUAAUGGCCUUCUGCCUUACAUUGCUUGCGGCCCCAUUGGGAGCGGCAAUUGGGGAUAUUAAUCAGCUGAUGGGGGAUAAGGAUGGCUUAACAAAAGAGAGGUUUAUGCAGCAGGGCAAAGCGGACGCUGCUGCGUACCUUCUAUCCAACAUCCUUAUAGCCGAUAACCUUUCAAUAACAUACGGCCCUCAGAAGGACAUUCUCCUUGACCACCUUUGCAGCCUUGCGACUGUGGAUGCUGGUGAAGGAGGAGCUGAUGCUGAUCGAUUCGAGCAUGGUGUGAGAUCUGUAUGUUUCCAUCGCCGCUUCUAUAUUACAGAGAAGGAUUAUUUAGGUAUCGGCCCUCAGAUGAUGCGUCCUGGUGAUGAAGUCUGUGUGCUUUUUGGAGGCCGGGUUCCAUUUAUCUUACGUCGUAUGCCGGACCACCAUCUCUUCAUCGGAGACACAUAUAUCCACGAGCAUGAUGUUAUGUGGGGGAAGAUAACUGAGGGCAUUAAACGUCGCAGAGAAACUGAUUUCCCUGUAUUCCUAUAUGAAAUGAAAUGA